CAUCACGCCCAUCUUCACCCUGUCCAGUGUGUCUGGAGAGAGCCUGGACCUCCUGAAGGUUUUCCUGAACAUCCUCCCUCCCCUGAGCAACAGCAAAGAACAGGAAGAACUGAUGCAGCAGCUCACAGAGUUUCAGGUGGAUGAGAUCUACUCAGUUCCUGAUGUGGGGACUGUUGUUGGAGGAACUCUGUACAGUGGUGUGUGCAGGGAGGGUGAGCGGCUGGUGGUGGGUCCGACAGACGAGGGCCGCUUCAUGCGGCUGAAAGUGGGCAGCAUCCAGAGGAACCGCUCGGCCUGCAGGGUCCUGCGGGCCGGACAGGCAGCCACGCUGGCUCUGGGAAACUUUGACCGCUCACUGCUGCGCAAGGGAAUGGUGAUGGUCAGUCCCAAGAUGAACCCAACCAUCUGCUGUCAGUUUGAAGCUGCCAUUGUUCUGCUCUUUCAUGCCAAGACGUUUCGGCGAGGGUCACAAGUCACUGUCCACGUCGGUAACGUCAGGCAGACGGCAACCGUGGAGUGCCUUCACGGAAAGGAAGAACUGCGAACAGGGGAGAGGGCGGUCGUUCGCUUCCGCUUCAUCAAACACCCCGAGUACCUCCGAGUAGGUGCUAAGCUGCUCUUCAGAGAGGGCGUCACCAAGGGCAUUGGCCACGUCACACGCUUACUGCCCCCCUCCCAGAACCACGACCAAAACCAGAACCAUGAUCAGAACCUGCAGGAGUACUAGAGACAGAGCUCCAUGAACACUUGGCCCAGUAGGAGGUCCCCCAGACUCCUAUCCUCCUGCUUCAUAUCGGAGUAACAACCUGCCUCUCAUGCGUCCACAUUUAUGUCCUCAUUCCUGUCGGCAGUGCUCGUCUUCCUCAGCAGGCGUUCCUCAAGUUGGAUGAGUUCAGUGGAUUUAAUCUGAUGGGCUCUGACUGAUCCAAGAGGCUUCUGUUUAUCAGCGCAGCCGUCAUGAGAAGACGGGGGAUUAUUUAGGUUGGAUUCGGAGAAUGACUUUAAAGCAGCAAAGAGCUCGCUCGUCUUCUGAGGAGGUGGAAACCAGUUGUAUGCUGCACUUCAAUUCAGUUUAUUCAUGUAGCCUCAUUUCACAACAGAGUCAUCUCAGGGCACCGUACAAAAUAAAACUAGUCCAAAACAUAAAUCCAAUUUAGACAUAGAUUCACAUCCAAAUACAGUAAAUUCAGUUCUUAUUGUACAUUGGUGAUAUUGGAACACAAUAAUGCUGCUGCCAGAGUCUUAACUGGAGUUACUGGGAGAGAUCAUAUCUCUCCAGUUUUAGCUUC